UAUAUCUUCCUCCUUCUUCCUCAUCAUCCAUCUCACUCUCAGACUCACUGUCUAAAACCCUCUCUAUUCCAGGCUCCCCCAAUAAACAAACCAUGAGUUAUUAUUACUCCACAGGCUUAGAGUUUUCAAUAUCCACUAAACCCUCUCUUCUCUCCUCUAAUCAUGGAGAAAUCUCUAAAAUUUGUACCAAAUUGCCCACCAAAAUCCAAGUUUCAACAAAAAAUGGAGCAAGUAGCAGAAGAAGACAUCAAAGCUUCAGAGCUCAAUCAAGUCCUACUCAAGUGAAUAGUGUAGCUAGUAGUGUUGAAAUUGAGCAAAGUGAGGUACAAGUAGCUGAAGGGUAUACAAUUACUCAAUUCUGUGAUAAAAUUAUUGAUGUGUUCUUGAAUGAGAAACCACAGACAAAAGAUUGGAGGAAGUUGUUGGUGUUUAGAGAGGAAUGGAAAAAGUAUAGUGACAAAUUCUACAAGCAAUGUAAAGCCCGGGCGGAUGCGGAGAAUGAUAACGGUAUGAAACAGAAGUUGGUGUUGCUAGGGAGGAAAGUGAGAAAGAUUGAUGAUGAAAUAGAAAGACAUAGUGAGCUACUCAAAGAGAUAGAGCAAAGUCCAACCGAUAUCAAUGCAGUUGUGGCUAAGCGGCGUAAGGAUUUCAAUGAGGAGUUUUUCCGCCAUCUUACUUUACUGUCGGAGACUUACGAUAGCUUGGAUGACCGCGAUGCAAUAUCCAGGCUUGGAGCUAGAUGCCUCUCUGCAAUCUGUGUGUAUGAUAACACGGUUGAAAAUGCGGAGACGUUAGAUGCUGCUCAAGCUAAAUUUGAUGAUAUACUCAACUCUCCCUCACUAGAUGCAGCAUGCGAGAAGAUCAAAAGUCUAGGGAAGGCAAAAGAGCUUGAUUCCUCCUUGAUCUUGUUGAUUAAUAGUGCUUGGGGUGCAGCAAAGGAAUCCACGACCAUGAAGAAUGAGGUUAAAGACAUAAUGUAUCACCUAUAUAAAGCCACAAAAAGCAGCCUUAGGAGCAUUGCACCGAAGGAGAUAAAGCUACUCAAACAUCUGUUAAAUAUCACAGAUCCAGAAGAAAGGUUCUCAGCAUUGGCUACUGCCUUCUCUCCAGGAGAUGAAAAAGUAGCCAAGGACCCCAACGCCCUGUACACUACGCCAAAGGAGCUGUACAAAUGGAUCAAGAUCAUGCUCGACGCAUACCAUCUGAACAAAGAAGAAUCUGAAAUCAGGGAAGCAAAGGAACUGACUUUACCCAUUGUGAUGCAAAGGCUUUUCAUACUGAAGGAAACAAUAGAAGAAGAGUAUUUGCAACAAAAUACUGCGGCAGAAGAUUCCACACCGAAAGAACUAUGAGGUGCUGGUCUUUUUAUCUCAUUCUUCGAACAUGAAAGUGGCGUGCAGAGUUCUACUGGAGUACUAUUUUACUCGUUAGUAAAAUAUGACUAUAUAAAGUGAAGUCCUUCAAGGAAACGCACAAAAGCACUGUUGUUGUAAGGUGAAGGAAGGCCUGUAGGCAUCGAUCCAGCUGGUCAUUGUAAGAUGGUAUUACAUGAAGCUGAUUUUAGACACAGUCAGAUUAUAUAUAUCUGUAAGCUUGACUGCUAGUAACAGAACAGUAAGCUUCAGUAUAGUGUCAGAAGGUAAUCUUCUCUCGAAAGGGUACUCAGUUUUGCCAAAAAAAAUUAAUAGGCAAGAUUGGUAACAGAAAUAAUUGUCAAUUAGGUAGUUGUCCAUGAAGAGUGAAAAAUUGUGCCAAUGUGAAGGCAAAUCAUUCAUAACUAGAAAAUAGUUCACAUGGAUGUUUUUGUAGAGACUCUUUUCUGUGCAAUGAACUGUGCACUUGUAUUGAUGUAACUCGAGGAUUGACUCGAUUAACUUGAAACAGUUUUGUACUUAUAAUC